UUUCAAAAACACUUAAUAAGAUAACAUUUUUUUAACAAUUUUUGACUGAAUCUAUAAGAUAACACAAAGUUUUGCUAUAAAUAUGAGGAAAUACAAAUCAAAUUUAAUAGUUUAUUAUAGAUAUCAGUUAUAAGAAAAUGAUUGCUUCAAAGAGUAUUUUAGCAUUAAUUGCAAUCGGUCUUUUUGGUCUUGUCAUAUCUUGUGAUGCACAAAUAAAAGUGGAAGGAGCCUGUCCCAAUGUUACAGUCAUUCCAAAUUUCAAUGCAACAGCUUAUAUGGGAUUAUGGUAUGAAUCAGCAAAAUAUCCAGUAAUAUUUGAAACAGGCGGUAUUUGUGUGACAGCUAAUUAUACACUUUUGCAAGAUGGAUCAGUUGAAGUAAUCAAUUCUCAGAAGAAUAAGUAUAUUCAUUUACCAAUAUCUAUUAAAGGAAAUGCAGUUGUUGUUGACAAUGCCAAAUUAUUGGUCAAUUUUCCUUCCAUUCCCGGACCCGCAAAAACUGGAAGCAAUUACUGGGUCCUUGAUACAGACUAUGUGAACUAUAGUGUUGUAUUUUCAUGCAGUCAAUCUUCAUCAACAUCUCAUACAGAAGUCUUAUGGAUCCUGACACGUGCUAAAAAUCCAUCUGUUCAAACAAUUAUUGAUGCUGUUAAAGUUAUAAGCAAAAACAAGUUGUCAGUCGAUAAUUUGAAAGUAACAAAACAAGAAAAUUGUUAGUAUUUGUUUUUGUAUUUUCUAGUGCAAACAAAAUUGAAAAUACUUAAGUAAAGUCUAAAUGAUGCUAAAAUACUGUAAAGAUUUUGUAUAAAUAAGCAUUAAAUACAAUUUUAAAAAGUGUUUUUCUUUAAGCAACAA